AUGGCGCAGAUUGACAGAUCACGAGGCAUUCAAGAUGCCAUUGUCCGCGACGUGAAGCCCGACACCGCGAGCUUUGCAAACGUUAUCCUCCCGAUUGCCCACGAUGACAACAAAAUGGCUAUUGAGUCGCACAUCAUCGGCUUCUACAACGCCGUGUCCACCGACAAGGAGCUGCGCGAUGCGUCCAGCGAGGCAGAGCAAUUGCUCGACGACUUCGGCAUCGAGUCCUCCAUGCGCGAGGACGUCUUCAACCUGGUCGAUGCGGCGCUCAAGAAGAAGGAACAGCUUGACCCCGAGUCGCAGCGCUUGCUCGAGAAGGACCAUAAGUCGUACAUUCGGAAUGGUCUGAGCUUGCCCGCGGGCCCCAAGCGGGACAGGUUCAAGGAGAUCAAGCAACGGCUGAGUCAGAUCAGCAUUGCUUUCCAGAAGAACUUGAACGAGGAGAAUGGAGAGCUGUGGUUCACACCGGAAGAGCUACAUGGCGUGCCGGAGGAUGUCAUUGCGACUCUGAACAAGGGCGAGGGCGACAAGGAAGGCAAGCUGAGGCUUACCUUCAAGUACCCAGAUCUGUUCCCCACGCUAAAGUACGCGACGAAUGCGGAGACGCGCAAGACGGUCAUGACUGCGAACGAGAACAAGUGCAAUGACAACGUUGCCCUGUUCCGUGAAGCCAUCCUCCUGCGCGACGAAGCUGCUCGCAUCCUCGGCUACGAGAACCACGCACAGUUCAGGAUUGAGGACAAGAUGGCGAAGACACCCAAGACUGUGAACGACUUCUUGGCAGACUUGCGCAAGCGUCUGGCGCCGGGUGGAAAGAAGGAGAUUGAGAAGCUGAUGGAGUUCAAGAAGCAAGAUGUCAAGGAACAGGGUCUUACUGGUCCUUUGGCUGAGGGCUACUACCUCUGGGACCACCGGUACUACGACCGCCUGAUGCUGGAGAAGGACUACCAGCUCGAUCACCAGGUUAUCGCAGAGUACUUCCCUCUCCAGACCACCAUCCAGGGCAUGCUGAAGAUCUUCGAGGAGCUUUUCGGUCUUGUUUUUGUCGAGAUUGUUGGCGAAAAGGACCGGGCAGCUCUUGCAGAAGGUGGCAAGGGUUCGGAUAUUGUCUGGCAUAAAGAUGUCUCAAUCUUCAGUGUCUGGGAUGAUGAGGGUGAGGGCGCUGGCUUUGUCGGAUACCUCUACCUUGAUCUCUUUCCUCGUGACGGCAAGUACGGUCACGCUGCCAACUUCAACUUGCAGCCUGGCUACAUAGAUGAGAACGGCAAGAGGCGGUACCCGGCGACUGCGCUGGUCUGCAACUUCUCAAAGCCGACACCGAAGAAGCCAUCGCUGCUGAAGCACGAUGAAGUUGUUACCCUCUUCCACGAACUUGGUCACGGUAUCCAUGACUUGGUUUCACGAACAACCUACGCCCGCUUCCAUGGCACCAGCACUGUGCGCGACUUCGUUGAGGCGCCAUCACAAAUGUUGGAGAACUGGUGCUGGACCCCGUCUCAGCUCCGCAGCCUGUCACACCAUUACUCAUACCUGUCUCCUGAGUACGAAAAGGCUUAUAUUGAGUCUUCGGGCUUGGAAAAGAAGCCUUCCGAGCAAAUUCCCAAUUCGCUUAUCGCCAACUUGAUCAACACCAAGCACGUUAACGAUGCGCUGUUUAACUUGAGGCAACUGCACUUUGGCACUUUCGACAUGACUGUGCAUCAGCCAGCCAGCCACGAGGAACUCAAGAAACUCGACAUUACUGAGACCUACAACAAGCUGCGAAACGAGAUCAGCCAGCUUAAUGGCCCUGAGGCGCUUGACGGCCCCACCAAGGGUGAUUGGCACUGGGGCAACGGCCAGGCCACAUUCGGUCACUUGAUCGGUGGCUACGACGCUGGUUACUACGGCUACCUCUCCUCGCAAGUCUACUCCACCGACAUGUUCUACACCGUCUUCAAGGCGGAUCCCAUGAACGGCAAAGAGGGCCGACGGUACAGGCACACGGUCCUCGAGCGCGGCGGAAGCAAAGAGGAGAUGGAGAUUCUGGAGGAAUUCCUCGGACGCAAGCCAGAGACGGAGGCGUUUUACAAAGAGUUGGGGAUUGGUCAGUAG